AUGUCUAACAGUAAAAUUCCUUCUGCACCCAUUCUCAACAAACUGCCAACGUUUAACGCUUCAGAAUUGGCUCAUAAAUUGACCAAGAAUUGCAUCAGCUUUCCUUGGCGUUUCUCAUCUACUCACGUGGAGAAGCGUGCUCCAAACUUGCCUGGCCCAACAACUAUGGUAAAUCAGAAAAUAUGCAUCCUGGCAAUUUGUAAAGAUGUUCUCCUCGUGUCGCUCGUAAAGAAGCGUUCGGUAGAGUUGAAAAAAAUGAUUAUUCAGUUUAUUCGAAAACGAAUUGACUUGGACUACGUAACAUUGAGCAUGAGUGCGGUUGGAUGA